GAUUAGGCUUGUGUUUGUGUCUUAAUCACAAAGAUUAUCAGUUGCAAAGUCCUACUGCUACAAAAAUGUUUCAGCCAAUUGAUUGAUCAUGUGCUUUUCCACCACUUGGAAUAUAUAUAUAUAUAUGUGGUCCAAUUUAAAUUGUUCAAAAUCCAGCAAGAAAUGAGAAAUAGUGCAAGAAACUAGAGAUUAGAAAGAAGAAAAGGGGAAAUUUAAAGAGUUAAAUGUAUUUAUGUAUUUUUAUAAGGGAGAAUGUCCAAUCAAAAUGAUCACUUAAUUUGCAGUGGUUGGCAGAGUUCAAAAGGGCUAUAGUUGUGACCCUUGGGCCAAAGUUUGGUAUACUAUCCUUCUACACUGUCACAUUUUUUUAGGUAUAAUGUUAUUCCAUUUUCAUACUAUACUAACUCCAAACUUCCUAAAGAAAAAGAAUCCAUCCUAUAUAAGAAUGAACAUUCAUCCCUGCAUUUCCACAGCACAACCAAGUAGUUGGCUAGCUUUCUCUCACAUGGCCUCAUCAUCGAUUCCUCCAUUCCUUUUGUCUCUCUUGAUCUUUUUGCAUCUCGGCUCCGCAGUCGAAGGCAGAACCAGGCACUACACGUUCACCGUGCAGCUGCAGAAUGUGAGCAGACUAUGCAAGACUAAGAGCAUUCUGACCGUGAACGGAAAGUUUCCCGGGCCUACUGUUGUUGCAAGGGAGGGUGACCGUGUAGUGAUUAACGUCACCAACCAUGUAUCCAACAAUGUCAGCAUCCACUGGCACGGCAUCAGGCAGCUGUUGAGCGGCUGGGCAGAUGGGCCGGCAUACGUGACUCAAUGCCCCGUCCAGACUGGGCAGAGCUACGCCUACAAUUUCACCAUCACAGGGCAGAGAGGAACCUUAUUCUGGCAUGCUCACAUCUCAUGGCUGAGAGCCACUCUUUAUGGGCCUCUCAUAAUCCUUCCAUUCAAGAACACUUCCUAUCCUUUUCCCAAACCCCACAAAGAAGUUCCAAUCAUCUUCGGUUCAGUUUCUAGACAUUUUUGGACAAUACAAUGUACAUUAAUUUGUAAUCAUCAUGAACAUGCUAUAUAUGUUAUUGUGACAGGAGAGUGGUUCAAUGCGGAUACAGAGGCGGUGAUCAGCCAGGCUCUUCAGACAGGCGGCGGCCCCAACGUCUCCGAUGCAUACACCAUCAACGGCCUUCCCGGCCCCUUGUACAACUGUUCCGCCUACGAAACGUUUAAGCUGAGGGUGAAGCCAGGGAAGACGUAUCUUCUCCGAAUGAUCAACGCUGCGCUCAACGACGAACUCUUCUUCAGAAUCUCCAACCACACGCUCACCGUCGUCGAAGCGGAUGCAGUCUACGUGAAGCCGUUUGAGACCGACGUCGUGGUGAUCGCACCGGGGCAGACCACCAACGUUCUGCUCAAGACCAAGACGAAUCCGGCCGCGACCGCCUUCUUCAUGGCUGCCAGCCCUUACUUCACCGGCCAAGGCACCUUCGACAACACCACCGUCGCCGGAAUUCUCCAAUACAAACUCCCUCAUAAAACUGUCCAUACCACGACUCCUCUCCAAAUCCCGUCUCUCCCACCGUUCAACGCGACCGCCGUCGUGGCCAACUUCAGCAGCAAGUUCCGCAGCCUGGCGAGGGCCAACGUGCCGCAAACCGUGGAUGGAAAGUUCCUGUUUACGGUGGGGCUGGGCAGCAACCCGUGCCCCAAAAACCAGACGUGUCAGGGGCCGAACGGCUCCAUGUUCGCAGCCUCGAUGAACAACGUGUCCUUCACGAACCCCAAUACGACGGCGCUCCUGCAGGCCUACUUCUCCGGCAGAUCCAACGGCGUAUACACCACGGAUUUCCCGAGACAGCCCUUGAUGGCGUUCAACUACACGGGCGCCCCGCCGAACAACACGAGGGUGGGGAACGGGAUGAAAGUGGUGGUGGUGGCGUUCAACACGACGGUGGAGGUGGUGCUGCAGGACACGAGCAUUCUAGGGGCGGAGAGCCACCCUCUCCACCUCCACGGCUACAACUUCUUCGUGGUGGGGCAAGGAUUCGGCAACUUCGAUCCUCAAAAGGACCCGCCCAACUUCAACCUCAUCGACCCCGUCGAGAGGAACACCGUCGCCGUCCCGUCCGGAGGCUGGGCUGCCAUCCGCUUCAGGGCUGACAAUCCAGGUGUUUGGUUCAUGCACUGUCAUUUUGAGGUGCAUUUGAGCUGGGGUUUGAAGAUGGCGUGGAUAGUGUUGGAUGGAGAACUGCCAGCCCAGAAACUGCCUCCGCCGCCUGCCGAUCUUCCCAAGUGUUGAUGAAUGCUCACUUUCUUUUCUUGCGGGUUUCGUUUAAUUUAUGUACGGACAAAGUUUGAUCCUUUUCUUUCUCUUUACUUGUUUCUUUUUCUCUCUUUUCUGGGUUGUGUUUUUUGGAUUUUGUGGGAGAUUGAUGAACCGGAGCUCGGAUUUGUAUUGGAUUUUUGUCGUCACAAUUUGUUCCAACGAAACAGAAUAAAGAAAUCGUGUUUCCAAUA